UUGUUUUGUAUUUUUUAGCUUAUUUAUUCUAAAUUUGUGCAGCUUAUACUUGUUUACAAUAUUUACGCGUUUACCGCGCAGAAAUGACCAGCCCCACGCCUGUUCUAUUGGCCUUCGUGGUGCACAUGGUGCUCCACACAACGCUCUUCAUUCACCUAGAUCCGGGUAUACUUGCAGACACCCCCGUCCUUGGUAGCCAGUUAUUCUAUUUGUCAGUGAUGGAUCUGCUGGGCGACAGAGAGGUAAUACCCACGCACUGGAGCAACAUUCCGCGAUGGGGAAAGUUCAUCCUUGAGUCCAUUAUCGCCAUCCUUAUUGGCGAAACAUUGAUGGUGGGGGUAUGGCUAUCCAUGGAAACGCUUCUCGUCAACUUCAUAGAUGUUAUAACCAAUUGGUCGGGCCUGAGCCGCCGUACAAACACUACUUUCCUGGAGAUCGGCACGAUUUUAUUGGGAGCUAUCUUUUUAGUGAUGGUGGGUGCCAUUACAAAUCGACCGGCCAAAGUUUGGAAACUGGCACGGCAGUCUUGGAGAAUUAUCACACAGAAAACAUUUAAAUAAGCAAAAGGACCCUUCUUUCCUUCUAUUAAUUUGGGAUACCAUUUCUAUUGUGCACUUUUUAACACAAGGGUACUCUAAAAUAUAUUGGUCGUCUUUAAUUUCAA